CUGCCUUCAGGUUCUCGCUCCUGCUUCCCACUUCGGAAGGUGCAGUUUGGGAUAGUGAGAAGCCGGGGCUCGGGGAGUAAUCCUCGUAAGAGUUUCUGCAGGUUUCCAAACUUAAAAAAUUGUGACAAACUGGAAUUCCCAGAGCCUGGGAGUUAAGCCUGAAACGACCUGUUGCUUUAAGCGGCGCGGUGGGGAGUAGCUGGACACUCCUCAUUUCGGUUUUACAUUAAAAAGAGCGAGGCCGAGAAGAUGUUGUAGGUUACUUGCUAGCCGUGUAAAUUGCUACCGGGCUGUGAAUGAAUGGUGUUAAUUUCUGAAGUGGGCGAUUCCAAAUACAUAACAAAGGUCACACCGACAUCAUCGAUUGGAGAGGCAGGAUUCUGCGCCCGAAGCACCCCUGCAGCAUCGGACUGCCUGCAUUGCAGCCCCAGCCUUGCCGCUGCCUGCGUGUGUGACUUUGGACAGGUUGCUUCUCUGAGUUCAGGUAAAUCUGAGACAUCCUCGCCUGGAGCCCGUUGAGUCAGGAUUUGCCUCAAAGGGUACUCCCCAAAUUGCACCAAGAAACCCCAAGCAAGCUGCCUGAAUAGCCCUGCAUAUUCUUGUUUCACAUCCUGUAAAGGACCAGAAAAAUCAAAUUGGUGGUUUUGGGUUUCCACCAGCCGUGGAUGCCUUUGACAUUAUGACUGCAGAAGAUUCCACCGCAGCCAUGAGCAGCGACUCGGCCCCUGCGUCCUCAGCCAAGGUGCCCGAGGGUGUGGCCGGUGCGCCCAACGAGGCCGCGCUGCUGGCACUGCUGGCGCGCACAGGCUACACCAUGGUGCAGGAGAACGGGCAGCGCAAGUACGGAGGCCCGCCGCCCGGCUGGGAGGGCCCGCACCCGCAGCGUGGCUGCGAGGUCUUCGUGGGCAAGAUCCCGCGCGACGUAUACGAGGAUGAGCUGGUGCCCGUGUUUGAGACCGUGGGCCGCAUCUAUGAGCUGCGCCUCAUGAUGGACUUCGAUGGCAAGAACCGGGGCUAUGCCUUCGUCAUGUACUGCCACAAGAACGAGGCCAAGCGCGCCGUGCGCGAGCUCAACAACUACGAGAUCCGCCCGGGCCGCCUGCUUGGCGUGUGCUGCAGCGUCGACAACUGCCGCCUCUUCAUCGGAGGCAUUCCCAAGAUGAAGAAGCGUGAGGAGAUCUUGGAGGAGAUCGCCAAGGUCACCGAGGGCGUGCUCGAUGUGAUUGUCUACGCUAGUGCUGCCGACAAGAUGAAGAACCGCGGCUUCGCCUUCGUGGAGUACGAGAGCCACCGCGCCGCAGCCAUGGCGCGCCGCAAGCUCAUGCCUGGCCGCAUCCAGCUGUGGGGCCACCAGAUCGCUGUGGAUUGGGCUGAGCCGGAGAUCGACGUGGAUGAGGAUGUGAUGGAGACCGUGAAGAUCCUUUAUGUGCGGAACCUCAUGAUCGAGACCACAGAGGACACCAUCAAGAAAAUCUUUGGACAGUUCAACCCAGGCUGCGUGGAGCGUGUCAAGAAGAUCCGCGACUAUGCCUUCGUGCACUUUGCCAGCCGGGAGGAUGCCGUGCACGCCAUGAGCAAACUUAAUGGCACGGACCUGGAGGGCUCGUGCCUCGAGGUGACGCUGGCCAAGCCGGUGGACAAGGAGCAAUACUCCCGUUAUCAGAAGGCGGCCAAGGGUGGCGGUGUGGUCGAGGGGGCAGCUGUGCAGCCGCCCGGCUACGUAUACUCUUGCGACCCCUACACGCUGGCCUACUAUAGCUACCCCUACAACGCGCUCAUCGGGCCCAACAGGGACUACUUCGUGAAAGCAGGCAGCAUAAGAGGCCGGGGUCGAGGUGCAGCUGGCAACAGAGCCCCAGGCCCCAGGGGCUCCUACCUCGGGGGAUAUUCUGCCGGCCGUGGUAUAUAUAGCCGAUAUCAUGAAGGGAAAGGAAAGCAGCAAGAAAAAGGAUACGAACUUGUCCAGAAUUUGGAAAUCUCUACUGUCAAUCCAGUUGCCAUUAAACCUGGUGCAGUGGCCAUCCCUGCCAUAGGGGCCCAGUAUUCCAUGUUUCAGGCAGCUCCCGCUCCUAAAAUGAUCGACGAUGGUAAAAUCCACACAAUGGAGCACAUGAUCAGCCCCAUCCCGGUGCAGCCAGACCCAGCAAGCGCCGCGGCCGCAGCCGCCGCUGCCGCGGCCGCCGCAGCCGCCGUCAUUCCUGCCGUGUCGACGCCGCCGCCUUUCCAGGGCCGCCCAAUAACUCCGGUCUACACCGUGGCCCCAAAUGUGCAAAGAAUUCCCACUGCCGGGAUCUAUGGGGCCAGUUACGUCCCAUUUGCUGCUCCGGCCACAGCCACGAUUGCCACACUACAGAAGAACGCGGCCGCGGCCGCCGCCGUCUACGGAGGAUACGCAGGCUACAUACCUCAGGCCUUCCCUGCUGCUGCUAUCCAGGUCCCCAUUCACGACGUCUACCAGACGUACUGAUGGUGGGGACGUGAGCGGAGACAGACCAGGAGACUACCACUGAAGGAACAUUUACUAUUUAUGAAGAAAGAACAUGGUGGCUUAGCACACAUACAAAACCUGAAAGUGAAGAAUGUAAUCAAAUAUCAUACUGAAAUAUUUUAUAUACAUGAAGUUUUCACUAGUUUUUUAAGACUAUUUUCAAGGUAGCAGGCCUGUGUUCAUACAUUUCCAAGAGACUUGCGUUGGGUUCGUGCCUUAAUACCAUCUCUUAGACGUUUAUAUGCUGUAGUACGUUUGUAUAGAGGUUUUUGUUUUUGUAUUUUUUAAGGAUAUAUUUUCAGUAUGAAGGUUAUUUUCUUAACUUCUGCACUCCAGAGAUUUCUAUUUUGUAGUACCUUCAAUAAUAUAUCAACUAUAUAUUAAAAAGCACACUUGAGCAGCUAGGGAACUAUUUUGAAAAAUAUAGUCAAUAUUUAAAGAUACAAACAAUAGUGCUUUAAAAUACUACAGAAAAUGUUAUUUUAAAAAUUAUACUGGAAAGUGCAAUUUUAAAAUGAGUAAAACCUCUAUUUUUGCUGGCAUUAAGGAUUGACGGUGUUACCAUGUGCUAUCCAUGAUGGUCCUUUUUUUUUUUUUUUUUUUAAGAAAUUAAACACUCAGUCUCGCCUUAAGCCAACAGUGAAAAGACUUGUCACACUUCUGAGUCCAGACACUGGAAAGCUCUCACCUGCCACCAUUGCCUUGGGCCCUGCUCAUUCUCUAUGUGACUUUGCUCUUAAACUGGUCCCUCCACACUCCCCUCCUCACCCCUUCCUUCUGUCCCCAACACCACCACCUCCCUGUGUGGCAAGUCUAGAGCAAAUGAAUUCCUCUGGUACAGAAAGCAUUAUGGCUUUUGUACUUCUUCCUGGGGUUUUGUUGGGCUUUUUUGUUUGGGUUGGGGGUGUAUUUUCAGUAGAACUGAUGUGUAAGCACAAGACUUCAAUAGUUUUCAUAAGACAGCUUUGCAUUGCUAUUUAAUUGUCCAAUAUAAAACUUCAGUUCCAUUUCUGCUUUUAUUUUAUUCGUUUUUGAAGUAGGAGUUUGUAGAGACGAUGAAUGUGAUUGUAGCAAGGCCCCCAGAGACUCUUGUUGCAGAAAGUUAAUGCUUCUAGUUUCCUUAUCAUGUUUCUUGCAAAAUGUGGGUGUUGGAAAUGUUAUGUUUAUUGAACAAGGCUUUCCUCCCUUGCCCAUUGCUGUGCAUGGGACAGGCAGGUGAGCUGAACAGGGGCCAGGCACACCCAGGAGGAGGAGGGAGAGGAGGAGGAGGGGUGGAGGGGGGUGAGGAGGAGGAGGAGGAGGAGAGACCUGCAGGGGUUAAGAGUUUGUAAAUAUCUCCUAAUGCUCUUAGUUGGUUUUGUUUUUUUUUUUAUGUUUCAGAAGCUCAUGGUAUAUAGUUUAAUGCAAAAUGAAACCAUUUUAUUUCAACAUUAUUAAAAGUUUUGUUUUAUUAGGAAGUAUAUAUAUUAUUGCAGUGUUUUGUGCCUGUUUAAAGGCUUUUGCUUAGGACAGUGAAUGUAAAAUACAGUAAAAUACUAAGAUUGUCAUCUAUUUUAUGAAAUACAUCAACUUGGAAUUUUUUUAAAGGCUCUAUCAAGGAAGUGAGGUGUGCAAUAUAUAGCAAGUAACACAGUUAUGUUUUUAUGUCAUAUUGUUGAUCCAUAAAAUCCACUCACUGCAUUUUUGCUGAUGGCUGAAUUCUUAUUUGUGAAUUAAUACUAGAAUCAUGCCUCUAGCAAAUAUUUUAGUUUUGUUUUUUUAAAUUCUAAAUUAAAAGAUUCCCAAAUGCCUCCCCCCCCACCCCAGCUUACGGUGGGAUGAGUUUUUUAUGUAUAAACAAUAUUUAUUUAUUGUGUAAAAUUUUUGAGUGCCUUCAAAGGCCUUUAAACAUUCCUAACAUUUCUUUCCAUCAUUCUUAAAUAACAUAAAGUAAUUGUGCAAUGUUCCUGAUGAGGUAACCAGCAAGCUGCAUCCAAACUCCAAUCUGUUGGAAUGAAUAAUCCAACGAAACGCAAUUUGGACCAGAUCCUCAUCCCUUGAUUUUGUGUGAAAGAAAUGGUCUCCUUCCAGUGUAGGAUUGUCACAGGGUUUCCCUGGAUGAGACUCUGACCCAGCGGUCUUACUGUAUUUUACAUGUGCCUGUAAAUUAUUUGGGGGGAAAGUUAAAAGAAGAAGAAGAAAAAUAACAUGGCAAAUACCAAACUACCUUAAAAACAAAUGUUGGUGACAGCCAGUUAGGUGUCAGCGAGCCUCUUACUUGUUUCUAUUUCAAACCCAUUUCACAUACACUACUGAGGUAAGUUUAUAACUUGAAAUGUGAACUUUUUUUUUUUCCUUAGGGUUAAGAACAAACUAUAUAAAUGUUUAAAAAAAAAAAACACUUCAGAGUUCUGUUUUCAAACAUGCUAGUAGUUGUCUUGUCCUUAGGUGGUUUGUAUUUGAGAAGCUUUUAAACCUAUUUAGCUCCUGCUCUAUUUACAACACAUUCUUAGGAUGUAUGUAGUAAAUAAAGCCGUCUU